UUUGAUCAAGUGGAGUUGCAAAGUGCUAAUGGUGACAGUUUUAAUAAAUAAAAUAGAAUUAGGAAACCAUCAAAUUGUGAAAAAAUGUCUCAUUUUCACAAGGUAGAAGUAAACAAGACAGUUUGGGAAGUUCCGGAGAGAUAUCAAGCCCUUCAAGCAGUUGGAUCCGGUGCAUAUGGACAAGUUUGUUCUGCAUUGGAUACUGUAACUAGUAAAAAGGUAGCAAUAAAGAAACUAGCCCGUCCAUUUCAGACUGCAGUACAUGCUAAACGAACCUACAGAGAAUUAAAAUUACUCAAGCACAUGAGGCAUGAAAAUGUCAUCGGGUUGCUGGAUGUAUUUUACCCCAGGCAUGAUAACAGCCAGAUAUAUUUAGUGACACAUCUCAUGGGAGCUGAUUUGAAUAAUAUAAUAAGAACUCAGAAGCUAACUGAUGAUCAUGUACAAUUUUUAGUAUAUCAAAUUCUACGAGGCUUGAAAUACAUUCAUUCUGCAGGGGUUAUUCACAGAGAUUUGAAACCAUCGAAUAUAGCAGUUAAUGAAGAUUGUGAGCUGAAAAUAUUAGAUUUUGGCCUUGCUAGGCCUACAGAAACUGAAAUGACUGGAUAUGUAGCUACUAGGUGGUACAGAGCCCCAGAAAUUAUGUUAAACUGGAUGCACUACAACCAAACUGUUGAUAUUUGGUCUGUUGGGUGUAUCAUGGCAGAAUUACUAACUGGAAAAACCCUGUUUCCUGGAACAGACCAUAUUCAUCAGCUGAACCUCAUUAUGGAAAUUUUAGGCACACCAAGUGAUGAAUUCCUGAAAAAAAUAACAUCAGAAAGUGCUAGAAGUUACAUAAAAUCGCUCGCAGUACUACCUAAGAAAGACCUGCACUCGUACAUUGUCGGUGCUAAUCCAUUAGCUGUAGAUCUUCUCGGCCUAAUGUUAGAGCUAGAUAGCGAGAGACGUAUUACCGCCGAACUAGCCCUAGCACAUCCUUACCUGGGUGCCUAUGCAGAUCCGCAUGAUGAGCCAAUAUCGGCGCCUUAUGAUCAAAGCAUCGAAGAUAUGAAUUUACCAGUGGAAAAAUGGAGAGAAUUGGUGCUACAAGAAGUCAAUUCUUUUGUUUAUAUUUCUCCUCUGAAUGAGGAGAAAUAAUAUUUGGAUUGAAGGUACUAAAACGAAUAUUGAUUUGAUUAUUGUUAUAUUGUAAUUGAUUUUCAAUUGAUUGAUCCAUAAUAUUGAUGUUAAUUUUUUCAGUUAUCAAAAAUUGUAUAGGAGGGAUGUUGUUUUUGGAGGAAUUUUAUUGAGUACCUACUUAUGUGAUGAUCUUUUUCUAAAAUUUAUAACCUAUGGAAUAUUAUUUAAUUAACGUAAAUAAUUUACCCUAACGAAAACUAAUUGUUAUACUGAUGAAAUUCCAUUCAAAAAAAAUUUAAUUUAAAUUUUUAUGAUGUACAAAUUUUUUUAUAGCAAUAUCAUUAUUGAGGAACAAUGAUUCCUAUAUACAGGGCGUCCUUGGUUAUCCUACAACUUCGAUUAGAAAACCAUACUUAGGGUAUUUUUGUCCACUAGAAUUAUUUGCUAGUUCAUAAUAAGUAUUUUUGUCUCAAAGUUGUAGGAUAAAGACACAGCCAGUAGCCGACCUUAAACACGACCCUGUAUACGAUUGUAAAUGUUGAUAGAUAUCGAUGGAAUAUAAAGAACAAACAUUCAUAUAUAUAUAUUUUAGCAAUGUUUUCUUGUGAAAUAUGCAUUGGUUUGAAGAUGUUGAUAAUUUUUGGAGUAAUUUUCUCAAGAAUUCAGGAUUCAUGUCAUCAUGUCAUGUUCACUUUCUAACCCAUAUAUAAACUUAUUUAACGAGAAUAAUUUAUCCUAAUAAGUUAUGGUUCUAAUGAAGAGAAUAAAUUGAUUUGAAAAGUG